AGAAACUCUGCUCAACCAAAGGCCAACUAACAUCCGCACAGUCCAAGUUUUCUUUUCCAUUCCACUUCUUCUUUUUUUGUUGUUUCUUUUUUUUUUUUUUUUGGUAUUGUCGAGCCACAAAUUUGGCAGCUGGAAGCGGAAUGAGACUUUUACUUUUCAUAGAGGCACUGUUGCUGCUCGUGGCGCUACAGCAAGCAACCGCAGUCCAAUUGCACUACAAUUCGGAGCCCAGGCUCUGCUCUAAUCUUAAUAUGCGAGUGUUUGACGCUAAGUGCGAGAUACAUGGUUUCAUCUUAUACUCCAAGUGCCUCUACCACUGCGAUUUCAAUGAUAGAUUGUGGACUACUGAUUGCACAAGGCAUUUAUUUGGCAAACAUACUUUUCAGGAGUGCUCUAACAUCUGCUGCGUAACACCUCCAUCAAAAUCAACAACAACGACAACCUCAACAACAUCAACCCCAUCAUGUGUUGUAGAAAGAACAAGUGCGCAAAACUCAGAAUUGAUGGAAUCUACAUAUCCAGAGACAAUUGAAACUACAUCCUCGGUGGAGCCAAGUGAGUCUUCAACAGAGACUGGGACGAGUGAUGCUUCGGGUCUGCAAGUGGCAACAGAUGACUCAAGUUCAUAGCCAUUUGGCAGACUUAUUUGCGUAUAAUUUCGGCAAGAUGCAGUUGGCCACAAUUGCUAACUAAUAUUAGGAUUAUUUUAUGUUUUUUUUUUUUAUUUCGGUGGUGGAUAUAUACUAAAUUGAAAUGCAGAUAAAUAAAGUGAACUCUACAUAUAUUCAA